AAUUCUUUCUCAGAAGAGCAACCACUGCCGACCGUGACCUUCGAGUCGGCGUCAUACGUGCUUCGGGUGGAGAUCGGGCAGGCAGGCCUGGUGGGCAGGGUCCUCGCGACCUCCGACAACGGAGAGCCGGUCUCCUACUCGCUGCAAGUGGACAAUGAGCAUCUCCGGAGUCGUGUCUCAGUGAGCAGCGACGGCGAGCUGUGGCUUUCAGCGCCUGCGGCUAGUGGAGUCUACAGCUUCCAAGUGAUUGCGACCACAGAAUUCACGCAGGCGGUUGGACACGCUACGGUUCAUUUAUCAGUGGAAUCGGUAACAGUGUGCGGGGAUGAUAUCGUGGUAGCGCCUCUAAUAGUCAUCGAUCGAGAUGAAGAAGUAGAACAUAGAAACCUGGUCGUCAUGAAUUCCACCGAACAUGAGGGCUGCCACUACACACUUACCAACAGAUGGCCUGUGGACCAGGAUUGGCUAUAUGUUGAUGAAAGCGGUCUUCAUACCCAUGCCAUUGACAGAGAACACCCAUCAAUUGCUUUCAUGGCUCUUUCCCAAAUCCAAGUCGAACUAAAUCUAGUUUGUGGCGGUGAUGUUACAAGAACCAAAAGGUCCUUAGACGAACGCCUAGAUUGGCUCGGACCGUACGACUACGGAACCAACACAUGGGUUUUGACUGACACGAUCCUAUACAAUUCCCGAAGGAGCAUAGUGAACCUUAUUGUGAACGAUAUAAACGACAACACUCCGAUAUUUGAUGGGAAGGAGAAUGAACCUAUUGUUGUGGGGUAUCCUGUUUUGGACCUGGAAGAAACAAUAUUACCCCGAUCCCUAGCAGAACUACAGGCAACAGACGCAGACGUGGGAGAAAAUGCCCGGUUACGAUACUGGAGUGAGGACCCUGAAAUAGUAGUGUCACCCACAACUGGAUUCGUGCAUGUUAGGAGUGGCGCGCAGUUGGAAGAAAACAUGAUGCUGAUGGUGAACGCCACAGACCGCAAUGGAGAGGGACUUACAGGAUCUAUAUCUCUCAAGGUGAAAUUACUAGAAACUGAACACAUCGCCGUAAUCACUGCGCGAGAUGCUUUCUUGGAAGACGAGAGAAUCAUAUUGGGCAAUCUAAGCAACGCUAUAGGGUACGAAGUGAGAGCUCUCCGAUCGGUGGUGACGUCAAUAUCUGAGGAACAACAGGCGACGAGAAAGAAGAGGGAUACCACCGCAACUUCAGGGGUCGCUUUAGUGAUAUACGUAUAUGGACUUCUACAGAGUGAACCUGUUUCUGUGGAGACACUUUCAAAUGACAUAAAUAGCGCUACAAUAGUAACGGUAGACAUAGCAAGUAUACUAUCACUAGAAGAUCAUCUAGAAGGCAACGAGAUAUGCGUCAUCACGGGACGUGAUACAGGCUUGUUAGCAGCAACAAUAGUCCUCAGUGUUCUACUAUUCUUGCUAAUUGUGGCGGCUGUGGUAUUUUACUUCCUCGUAUGGAGAAAGAAACAAAACUACGACCAAUUUAGCGACGCUAGUAGUAUCGUGUCGCAAGGUGAGUCACCCGGCCAGCCUUCCAAGCCCGACGUCGUUGCUAAGCCGCGGUUGAAUAUCGAAGAACUCAAAAGAAGUGAAAGGAGACUCCAAGACAUGUUAAACGCUCCCAUUGAAGAAGUCACUGUUGAGCCGAUACCGACUUCUUCAAAAAUGGAUACAUCUAAUCCUACAGCUAAACCAUUACAAGAACCUUUAGCGCCAAUAGUCGUCAUACAAGAUAAACUUAAAGAUGCUGCGGAGGAGUCCGAUGAAGAUGAAUUCGGUGAAAUAAAGAGACCCAGAAGAAAGUCAGUUGUUACUUUCAAUGAAAAUGUAGAGAAGAUCAUACACGUGGAUGAUUCCGAUGAACCCGAUAUAAUAGCAAACCCUAACUAUGAAGUGUAUAAAUUGUAAAUAUGUUUAUUUAUUAAAAGAUUGUAAUGUAAAUAAAAUAAUAACUUCUAAUAGUAAAUUCUGAUAUUCCAAAA